AUGGCUCCCGGUGACCUCGCGCGAUGCGAAUUUGUUGAUACGGUGAUUGUUGGCAAUGGCCCAUCGGCACUGAUUCUAAGCUACAUCCUCCACGGCCACAUACCGUACUACAUCGGCGGGCACCACGAUGUCCUUCUCGACGCCAAGUUGAAGAAGAAUCCGAAUCUGCUACACCUCACGGAAGAUUUGUACGCGCAUUUCGCUGCGAGUCUUAGGUAUUCCACGCAAGCACUACCUGUAAACACCCUUCUCGAUACACUCAUCCGACCGAAUGCCGAUACGGAGAUAAAUCCAAAGAGUUGUGUUGAAUGGCGGUAUGAGCCGGAAACGGCAGUCGAGCAUGUUGUCAUUGGAGAUGCGCGGCAUGCAGGCGGUCAGUGGGCGGAUGAGCCUGUUGAGGCGAGCAAAGACAUUGGAACGCUGAGUUAUGCGGAACAAUUGAGCUUGCCAGGGUACUCGUACCAGGAGCACGUAGCGAAGAGGCAGAAGGAGCAUCAAUGCGAUUUUGUGAGGCCGUCGAGGGUCGAGGUUGCGGAUUAUUUGAGGGCGUAUCCGGAGGCCGUGGGCAUUGCGGAUGCAGUAUUUGCUGAGACGAAGGUGGAUGGCGUGUAUAGGACGAAAGAUGGAUUCAUGAUUGGGUCGUUGGGAAUACGGUGUAAGCAUUUGGUGUUGGCAUCUGGGACGUUCUCGGUCAAUAUACCACCGCCAAUAUCGCUUGCUCCAGUUGCGCAGUUGGAUACUGUACACGAGCCGUUACUCGUCAUCGGAUCUGGCUUCUCUGCAGCAGAUGUCAUCAUCUCUGCGCCUCCAACUCGCCGCAUCAUACACGUCUACCAAUGGGCCCCAGAUAAACGCCCAUCACCACUACGCGGAUGUCACCACACAGCGUACCCCGAGUAUGCCACAGUCUACCGCCAGAUGAAGCUCGCCGCGAUAACUUCCAACAAAACUCGUGCCGCCAAAUCACCAGCUGCCCGACGCAAAUCCAACCCCUAUCAAAACCGCGACUGGACCCUCUACGAAGGCCUCCCCAACGCGGAAAUCAUCUCCGUAUCCACAUCUCCAGAAACCAAAACCGCAACAAUAACCCUCCGCCUCGCAUCCGGCGAGCAAAUCACCCGCUCAGUCGGUGGCCUCGCCUACGUUGUCGGUCGGAGAGGAACCCUCUCAUUCCUCUCUCCUACUCUGCGAGCAGAAAUCCUCGAGCACGACACCAACAACCUCAUCUCCGGCCGCACGCUGCGGGCGAAAAUCGAAGCCUCAACACUCGAAGUCGCCCGCAACGUCUUUCUCACCGGGCAGUCUGACCGGCGACUCACUAAUCCGCCACGCCGUGGGUGGAUGCGUAUUUGCCGCCGGACGAAUCAGCAGUGUCAUUCCAUCGGCAUAUAG